AAAGGGAGAGUAGGCGGCAGUUACAAACGCUCCUCUUAACUCACUGACAGCCUCUGGCACUACUCUGAGUGAGAGAGGGCGAGCAAGAGAGAGACAUUUCUGAGCAUAGAGGGGGAACUUGUUCAGCAGUGGACUUCUAUCAUGGUGAACUGACCAGCUUCUUCCUUCUGGAAUACUCUACCAAACUUCUGCUAGGACGAGACUCACAACACAUGGAUCAUUUCACUCCAAGAAGCCAAUAAUGCUCAGCUUUGAGCGGCCCGCUCCAUUAGCAGUGAUGCAUCCUGGGAGAGAACCUCCCUCUGUGGCCAUCCUGCCUCUGAGAAACUCCCACCACCAGCAGCAGCAUCACAGGAGGAGAACCAAGAGGAUGGAGAGGGGCAAACCGGGACUGCGCUCCAAGAAACUGGCCAUCCUGUCACGGUCGCUCAUCAUCUGCAGCUCCAGCAACAAUGAGGACGCGUCCAGUCCAGAAGAGAGGUACCGUGAGCCCUGGGACGCAGGGUUGGAGGAGAAACACCACUGGGACCCACUGGAAGGGCCAGUGGGAAGUUCGGAAAAGUACAUUACGAGGAGCGUCAGUGUCCAAGCACCUCAAGAGGGCCCCAAAAGAACUAUGAGGAGGUCCUUCUCCAUCAAGGAAAGCAGUUUCUGGAGAAUGUGUGUCGCCACACGGGAAGAGGCUCUACAAGUGGGUGAUAACAAACUUCAGUCCGGCAACAGUGGUGCUACUGUUGGACGAGAUUUACACAGGGACACGUAUAUCUACUUUGGAGACAGACUUGCCCCAUUUAACGGACAGAUUAUAAACAAUCAAACAAAACUGGAGGCAGAUCCAGAGAAAAGGCCUGUGCUGAAGACUGAAGGUUUCUCUCCAUGUGAAAGCAGAGCUCUGUCCGCUAAUGUCACUGAAUCAGACCAGCUUGGCUACGCUUUUGGAGAAAAGGAGGCAAUAGGAAACAACAAUAACUUGAAGAUGCCAGUUAUUAAGGUCUCAGACGAUGACAGCAAGAACUACGACAACGAGGAUCAGAGCUGCCAAGAGACGUCAUGCAAAAGAUCUCGCUCCAACUCCACCAGUGUUCACCCGUACUGGAUCGGAGACUUGGAUACCAUCAUUAUGAAGACACCAGAGCUGUUCCCGUGUCCCGCUCACGCAAGCGCAGGCUUUUACGGAAACAGGAAGUCUCUCUCUCAGCAGCUGGAAAUCCCUCAUAGCAUUCCACAGGCUGUGGUUAGACCAUCUCGCUCUCUAAGUGCAGCACACUUGGUCCCUUCCUGCAGUGGCGUACAGGCCUUCAUCAUCUCCAACAUCGUCCUCAUGAAGGGCCAUGGAAAGGGUCUGGGAUUCAGUAUAGUAGGAGGAAGAGACAGCAUGUGUGGCCCAAUGGGGAUUUACGUGAAGACCAUCUUUCCUGGAGGUGCAGCGGCUGCUGAUGGAAGACUACAGGAAGGAGAUGAGAUACUGGAAUUGAAUGGUGAAUCUCUGCACGGCUUGACCCAUGAAGAUGCCUUACACAAGUUUAAACAAGUGAAGAAGGGUUUGUUAACGCUGGUGGUGAGGACCAGUCUGCGGAUGGGUGCCGUGCCGGGCAGCCAUGGCCAGGUGUCUCAGUUAUGCCGAUCCAGAUCUCUGAGCUCCAGCACUGGUAUCAGUCAAGUCAGUGCUGAUCUGGGAGACUAUGACUGCCUCAGUAACCCCGCGAAAGCCCAGGACAGAAUCAUGAUGGAGAUCACGCUGCAGAAGGAGUUUGGUGUAGGUUUAGGAAUUGGCCUGUGCUGUGUACCUUCAGCUGGCAGCUGCCCGGGAAUCUACAUUCACACGCUGUCACCAGGAUCAGUGGCCCACAUGGAUGGACGACUAAGAUGUGGCGAUGAGAUCAUGGAGAUCAAUGACACGGUGGUUUGCAACAUGACGCUGAACGAUGUGUACACGGUUCUGAGUCAGUGCAGCCCAGGACCGGUUCAGAUCAUCAUCAGUCGACACCCUGACCCAAAAGUUUCUGAGCAGCAGCUGAAAGAGGCCAUCGCUCAGGCUGUGGAGCACAGGAGACUGAGGAGAGACAGGAGUCAGUGGAGUAUGGACGGAUGUAACAGCAGUCUGAAGAGAUCCGAUGGCUGUUCUCACAGCAGACAGAAGUGCAUCCGCUGUCUGGACCGGAGCGUGAGUCAGCAGACCUGUAGACGAGCACAGAAACCCAUGAUCCGAUCGUGCAGUGAGGGAGGCUACAGCCAGCGCUGUAUACCGGCCAGCCUCACCACUCAAUCCUUCCUCGAGCCGGAGCACGUCUCCAGAGUCCAGAGCAUGGACGUCUCUUUAACAACCAACAGUGAAACUUCACUUAAUUACACACUGUCUCCAGCCUCAUUCACCGAUGACGACUAUAACAUCCCCAGUAAAUGUCCAAUGAAUUUCACUGGACAACAAACAUUAGAUGUGCAUGCAGGUGUGGUGAGGAGCUCUAUGCAAGGAGCAACAAACCAGCCAUGGAGGUACUGCAGACGACAGGAAGUCAGCAGUCAGGAAGUGCUGACUGAUUCAAGCAGCUCUAGCCGAGGUUCACCAGUGAAAGAGGGAGAUCUGCUGCUGUCGCAAAGCAACUGCCAGGAAGUGGUUGAAUGCGCAGAAGUCGGAACUCAACCAUCUGCCUGUAUCUCUGAGCGUAACAGAGUCUCAACACAGAGAGGGGACAGACAGCACAGAGGUCCAGAAUCCACAUCUAAAGUGUGUAGUCCAAGUAAGCGGGUCGGCCUGAUACGUCAGGCUCAUUUGGAGGUCAGUACAGAUCAGCCACUUGACCCCUGGGUAAAGCUGACCGACAGUCCAGAGAACCAGCCAUACUGCUACAAAACCAUGAGUGACCUUAAUGGAGAUAGUGAGGUUAACGGCACUGCCUCUGAAACCACUAACACCACCUCAGACUCCAAACCUGAGCAAUCUCCCAAUGUCAAAAAAGGCCCCCCGGUGGCUCCAAAGUCUGCAUGGGCACGUCAGAGCAUUAAGAACAUUAAGUCUGGGAAACCGAUAACAGAAGCUUUGAAGCAUCCAGAUUUCAGGAGUCAAGAUACUGCCAGGACUUUUGGGAUAAGUCUGAGGGCCGCUUCAUCGGGAGCCAAUUCGUCAAUCAGGCAAAGGAUCAACUCAUUUGAGACUUUCUCUAGUCCAGAUGGAUCUGAAAGGCCAAGCAGGCGACUGGCCCCAACUGCAUCACUUCCUCCAGUGGAGAAGACUGCUAAAACCUCAUCUGCAGACUACAGCAGUGCAGGGAGAACUAAAGUUACCACAUGCAACUUACACAAUACUGAUGACUGCCAGUCUACACCAACAAUUUCAGCCACCACCCAACCUCCAAAAGAAGAAAUGCAGCAACCAGCUUCCAUCGGUUCAGAUAUCAUUUCAGAGCCCCAUCCUGCAGAGGAAGAAAAACAAUCAGCUUCUCAGAAUUCAGAGCCCUGUAAGCCGAUAACUGCUGAGGAACCUGCUCUUGACUCUACAAAAGAGGUUCCACCUGCUACGGAGACUGAGCAAGAACCCUUAACUUCUCAAGACGAUUUGUCCCUGUCAAGCCACGUCCCGAGGAGAUCGAGCAGCUCAAAGGAGGGUCCUGCAGAAAAAAAUGAAGGUGCAGGAACUCAUGCAGCGAGCUUGAGGACCCGGAGUCUACCCCUCAGUCCCUCUUCGGAAGCCCCCAACUCAAGCGGCCUUGACGGGGAGAGCCUAGGGAUCAUCUUGUCCUUCAGCAACCAAGUGUCCAAUGCUUUGAUGCGGUCCAUGCAAUCCCUGCCACAGUCUCCUUGCAUUCGGUUUGGGAACCCCUGGAGCGCCCCACUAGAAUCCUCUAUUGACGACCUACUAGAGGAAGACUCUCCUGGUGAAAACCCCCCACAUUCAACACCACUAGAGAACAGCGAAAAGGGUUUCUCUGUAAGCUUGGCAAAAUUGAGAGAGCGUACCAUCGAGAGAGGGGAGGAGUGCGAGAAUGAAGAAUGUAAACCUGAACGACCGCUCACUUCAGCCUCUGAUGUCUGUGCCCAGUCCAUGAUCUCAGCCCUUCCACCACAGGAGAUACAGCAGAUGAUCCAGGAAGUCAAGGAUCUGGAUGAAGAUACCCUAAGGCAACUGGAAGACAUCCACGUUGUGAUUCUCCAUAAAGAAGAAGGAGCUGGCUUGGGUUUCAGCAUUGCUGGCGGUAUUGAUCUGGAGAACAAAGCAACUACAGUUCACAGGGUGUUUCCCAGUGGUCUGGCUGCUCAGGAGGGCACCAUUGAAAAAGGAGAUGAGGUGCUGUCCAUUAACGGCCAAACACUAAAAAACAUCACACACAACGAUGCCACGGCAAUUCUCAGGCAGGCCCGCAACAUGAAGCAAGCGGUGAUAGUGGUGUCCAAGAACAAAGAUGCAGAAGGGAAGGAAGGCACUAACAUUGAGUCCAGCUGCAGCAGCGGGGCAGAGAACAGCAUCACAGGGGACGAUGGAGGUGAAGUUGUAACAAUCGAGCUGGAGAAGAACGCAGGUGGAGUUGGAUUUAGUCUUGAGGGAGGAAAAGGCUCAAUUAAUGGAGACAGACCACUAACCGUCAACAGAAUAUUUACAGGGAGUGAUGCUGAGCAAAAGGGGCUGACGUCUGGUGAUGAGGUACUGCAGAUACAGGACUCGUCUCUGCAGGGUCUCACGCGCUUUGAGGCCUGGACACUCAUCAAAGGCCUUGAUGAUGGGCCAUUUACACUCGUCAUUAAGAGAAAAAAAUGUGAAUAGAGCUAAACUCCACUCAGAAGCACCCAGAAGAAAAUACUGGACUUAUUCCAAAUUUGAAUCAACUUUAAAUUAUUAUAUUAACUUAAUUUAGGGCCUAGAGUAAAUGCGUCCACUUGCUAAAAAUAAUAGACAUUACAAGACAUUGCAAAAUUUCUUAAAAGCUGGGUUCCCAUAUGAUUUGACCAAACGUUUUUCAACCAAUCCAGUUUUAUUUAACUUUUCUUACAGAGACUACAAAAAUAAAUAAAUAAAUAAAUAAA